AAAAAAACAGUGGAUUCAGGAAUGCAUCGAAUCAAGAAAAAGAAUUCCUAAAAGAUCACGAAAUAUCAGUGAGAACCCCACCCCACAUCCUUUGAUUUUAUCCCCUCUGAUCUGCUGAUUCUUUCCUUCUUUAAAUCCCACACCCUACUCAACAUUUCAUUGCAUCAUUCUUGCAAACCAAUCCUCUGCAACAUCAUCAUCAUAUAUAUAUAUAUAUAUAUAUAUAUAUAGUUGAGGUUCUUGUCCUUUAAGGUUUAAUUUGUGCCUGCUUUUCUUGGAGAAAGGUUGUGUCUUUGGUGAGGAUUCUGGAGAUAAUGGCAACUUCUUCAAGGAAUGGGGGAGAUGAAUCACCUCAUGUACUAGCUGUUGAUGACAACCUCGUCGAUCGCAAACUCGUUGAAAUGCUACUCAAGAAUUCAUCCUGCAGAGUGACUACUGCAGAGAAUGGGUUGAGGGCUUUGGAGUAUUUGGGGUUGGGAGAUGAACAACACAACACUUCAAAUGAAAAUGAAAAUGUCAGCAGACAGGGAUCAAAGGUGAAUAUGAUCAUCACAGAUUACUGCAUGCCUGAAAUGACAGGCUAUGAGCUGCUCAAGAAAAUCAAGGAAUCUUCUAACAUGAAGGACAUCCCUGUUGUGAUAAUGUCAUCUGAGAACAUUCCAACUCGGAUCAAUCAAUGCUUGGAGGAAGGAGCCCAGAUGUUCAUGCUAAAGCCACUCAAACACGCAGAUGUGAAGCGAUUAAGAGGGCAAUUGAUGCAGUGCUGAGGAUAAUAAAGAUCAAAACAUCAUUGAUCUGAUAAACACUCUUUAAUGUCUUUUUCCAUUUCUUCCAGUUAGCAGUCAUUCUUUGAGUUUCUGAACUCUUGUAAGAUGAUGACAUAGCAUCAUUCCCUUUGAUUUCAGCCAUAGUGGUUGGGACCAGCACUCUUGAAGGAUGAUGACAUAGCAUCAUCAUUCCCCUUUGAGUUUAGCCAUAAUGUUUGGGACCAAGAAUGAAAUGAACAUCCAAUUGGGUUCUC